AUGAAGUUAAUUGUAGUGAUUUCGUUGGCCAUUGGCUUGGUGUACCACGUGAGCGGUGGAGCGAUUCCCACUGCGGAUGUAGAAGCUCAAGAGCAAGAGGUGUUCCAAUAUUUGGAGGAUAUUGAGUCGGAAAUUUUGUCUCGUCGAAACGCCGCCAGCGAGGCAAACUGGGCCUACGACUCGAACAUAACGGACGAAAACUUGGACGUCAAAAAUGAUGUAGCAACCGAGAAUGCUGGUUUCUUUAAGCAAAUCUCGGAAACGCUUUCCCAAUAUGAUUACGAAAGCUUCCAGGAUGAAGAUCUGAAGCGAAGGGUGAAAAAGCUCGUCGGAUUGGGUUAUUCGGCGUUGCCAGUGGAUAAGUUCGCGGAAAUAUUGAAUGCGGUCAAUAACAUGAAAGAAAACUACGCAAAAAUCAAGGUGUGUGACUACCACGACCGCAACAAGUGCGACUUGGCCCUGGAACCGGAGUUGACGGAGAUUCUUGCCAACAGUAGGGAUGCUGAAGAGCUCAAAUACUACUGGCAACAGUGGUAUGAUGCGGCUGGGGCUCCAACCAGAGAGGAUUUCCAGAAAUAUGUGGAUCUGAACGGAGAGGCUGCUAAAUUGAACAAUUAUGCGACCGGAGCCGAAUCUUGGUUGGCGGCUUACGAAGACGACACCUUCGAAGAGCAGGUUGAUGCCGUUAUCGAAGAACUGCGUCCUUUCUAUGAGCAGAUUCAUGGUUUUGUUCGCUACAAGUUGCGCGAGUUCUAUGGUGAGGAUGUUGUAUCCGAAAAGGGACCCAUUCCCAUGCAGCUUCUCGGAAACAUGUGGGCGCAGGGAUGGGGAAACAUUGCAGACAUCACCAGCCCAUUCGGUGACCGGCAGUUGUUGGAUGUGACCGAAGAAAUGCUCCGCCAAGGAUACAACCCGAUACAAAUGUUCGAAAUGGGGGAUGAGUUCUUCCAGUCGCUGAACAUGUCCAAGGUUCCACAGACCUUCUGGGACAAGAGCAUUCUCGAGAAGCCGGACGAUGGUCGUGAUCUAAUUUGUCAUGCCAGUGCAUGGGACUUUUCCAAACCAGACGACGUACGCAUCAAGCAGUGCACCCGUGUGACCAUGGAACAGUUCUUCACCGUUCAUCAUGAGCUGGGCCACGUGCAGUACUACCUGCAGUAUCAACACCUCCCGAGUGUAUACCGUUCGGGAGCCAACCCUGGAUUCCAUGAGGCCGUCGGUGAUGUGCUCUCGCUCUCAGUCUCAACGCCCAAACACUUGGAGAAGAUUGGUCUGCUAAAAGACUUCGUGCUGGAUGAAGAGUCCAAGCUAAACCAGUUCUAUCGUUCAGCAUUGACAAAGUUGGCCUUCUUGCCAUUUGCCUACACCAUCGAUAAGUACCGUUGGGGAAUCUUCCGAGGUGAAAUCAAGCCCGAGGAAUACAACUGCAAGUUCUGGGAGAUGCGCUCGAAGUACUCCGGCGUGGAACCUCCAGUAGUUCGCUCGGAAGCCGAUUUAGACGCACCGGCCAAGUACCACGUGUCGGCCGAUGUGGAGUAUCUUCGCUAUUUUGUCUCGUACAUCAUUCAGUUCCAGUUCCAUCGGGCGGCUUGCGAGAAGGCCGGAGAGUACGUGAAGGGAGAUCCGGUGAAGACAUUGAACGAUUGCGACAUCUAUCAGAGUGCUGAAGCGGGUAACGCUAUUAAGGCGAUGCUGGAGCUAGGUUCGUCGAAGCCUUGGCCAGAUGCAAUGGAGGUCUUGACCGGAGAGCGUCGCAUGAGCGCCGAUGCACUGAUCGAAUACUUCCAACCUCUAUAUGAUUGGUUGGUGGUUGAAAAUGAACGACUAGGAGCUUACGUUGGAUGGGAACAAACAGAUACCGCUCAUUGUGUUUUUAACGGUGAUAGUGUAAGAAGCAAAAAUGAUGUACAAGUGUCCGGUGGCCGUAAAUAUAUAGAUGCAACAACUGAAGACCUACAAGAAUUGGAGGUGGCAAACAUCAUUGCCCAUCCUGAGUAUAACCAUUCAAAUUAUGCAAACGAUAUUGCAAUUAUAAAGUUAACGGCUGAUAUCAACAUAACGUACUUCGUACAACCAGUGUCUAUUUGGAAUUCGGAUAUUGAUGAAAAUCAAAUAUUUGGAUCGCAAGGAACCGUGAUUGGAUUCGGUUUGGACGAAGGUGAUGAAGAAUCUGAUACCCUUCAACAGGCAACGAUACCUGUAUUGGACACUCAAACGUGCCUUGCCUAUGAUAAAGAAACAUAUGGAAAAUACCUAACUACUCAAAUGUUUUGUGCUGGUGGAAAAGACAUGGUCAGUGCUUGCAACGGAGAUAGCGGGGGUGGGCUGUUUUUUAACAUCAGUGGCAAGUGGGGCUUGCGAGGAUUAGUGUCAUUCAGCCCAAUACGACCGAACGUGACCAAAUCUCUAUGUGACAGUUCCAAACCUACGGUGUUUACAGACGUUAUCAAAUAUCGCAAAUGGAUUAUGCGGUAUACAAACACGACAUCGUGGCUGAAUGAUCUAAAGCCGUGCAAAGACGAAUCAAAUGAAAAUGUGAGCAUCUGGCGCUUUUCAUUAAAAGAUGAUACAGCGUUCAACGGUCGUGAAGUCCUGGCCCAAAAAUAUAUUUCCCGGCUCGAUAAAGAUUGUGUAGAGGGCCGUCUCUACUGGACGGAACGUGAAACACAAUCUAUUUUCAGUGCGAAGUACGAUGGGACGGAUAAGAAAGUCUUUAUCACGAAGGAGGUCAAUCCAUUUAAUAUGGCAGUGGACUGGAUCUCACGUCGUCUGUACUGGGUUGAUCAUGUAAAUAGAACUAUCGAGGUUGCCAGCUUGGACAAUCCGGACUUGCGGACAACGGUGUUGAUCAAUGUUGAUAGUAAUGAUAGAAUCGCUGUCGAUCCGCUGCAAAGGAAAGGAAAUGUGUUCAUGGCAGUAGUGCUUGAAGUAGUAGGUGCAGUUUGGAUCCUGGAGACCCUGGGACACAAUUCGCUUUCCGACAUGAUGCCAUCGACCGUUGAGAUCGACGUAGAGAAGGAGCAGAAGCUACCGAAAGAAACCACCUCCAUACCGCAAGUACAAAGAUUAGAUGUUGCCGAAGCGAACCAUUCAUAUACCAACGACGCGAACCCGUUCCAAACCGAUCGUUCGAUUUCGCCGCAGCCGAUCAUCCCCUAA